GGCUGGAUUAUUUGGGGAGCCCCUUCAGGAACGGGGGGCAGUGUGGUCUGGCACUAAUGAAGGGAGCCAAGGGGGUUCAUGUGCCCUAACCUCCCGGGGGGAUAAAUGUUCUUAUACUUAGAAAUCUCUCAAAAGAUGGAACCAAAAGAAGAUAAAAAAUUAUGAAACAGCAAUCGUUAUUCAAGUUUUCCAGUCAUACUUUAAAACUACUUUAUUUUGCAAGAUAGAAAAAUAAAACCUCCUACUGCUUCCUGGAUUUCUGGUAAAGGCUGUGGGGAGAAACCCGAGGUCCAGAUUCAGGGAGCAGCCCCACUGGUGGGAGGCGGUGCUUCAGCACCUCGGAGCGCAGCCCCGGCCGGCCCGCGGUCCCCCUGAGCCCGGCCUCCUGGCACAGGCUCAGCCCUCUCAGGACUGCGCCUGAGGGCAGGGCCCCCCUCCGCCACCGGGGUCUGAUGAGGACUGUCCCAUCCUUCGUGUGAGCCGCAGUUCCAAGGAUCCAAGUUGUCAGAUCUCAGCAGAGCCCAGAUGGGGUCCCCGUGGUGUGCGCCUGGCUGCUGUCCCUGUCACAGGCUGUCCCCACUGGGGCGGCAGGAAGGGGAGGGCACCGAAGUGCGCAACUUAACGGCACACCGCUUGUGGGUUUACACCGCGGGGUGUGGAAACGGGGCCAGGCCCCUACCCAGUCCUCCAUCACCGAGGGCCCGGGGCUGCGGGAGGGCAGCUGACCCCGGGCUCCCCGUGGCAGCCCCCCGCUGGGCGCUGGGCGCCACCGCCGUGCUCGUGGGCCUCCUGCUGCUCGCCUGCUGCUUCUGCGUCUGCAAGAAGUGCUGCUGUAAGAAGAAGAAGACCAAGAAGGAGAAGGGCAAGGGCGCCAAGAGCGCCAUGAGCAUGAAGGACAUGAAGGGCGGCCAGGAUGAUGACGACGCCGAGACUGGCCUCACGGAGGGGGAGGGCGAGGGGGAGGAGGAGCCGGAGCCGGAGCACCUGGGGAAGCUGCAGUUCUCCCUGGAUUACGACUUCCAGGCCAACCAGCUCACCGUGGGCGUCCUGCAGGCCGCGGAACUGCCCGCCCUGGACAUGGGCGGCACCUCGGACCCUUACGUCAAGGUCUUCCUCCUUCCAGACAAGAAGAAGAAAUAUGAGACCAAGGUCCAUCGGAAGACACUGAACCCCGCCUUCAACGAGACCUUCACCUUCAAGGUGCCCUACCAGGAGCUGGGGGGCAAGACCCUGGUGAUGGCCAUCUACGACUUUGACCGCUUCUCCAAGCACGACAUCAUCGGGGAGGUGAAGGUGCCUAUGAACACCGUGGACCUGGGGCAGCCCGUCGAGGAGUGGAGAGACCUGCAGGGCGGCGAGAAGGAGGAGCCGGAGAAGCUGGGUGACAUCUGCACCUCGUUGCGCUACGUGCCCACGGCUGGGAAGCUCACCGUCUGCAUCCUGGAGGCCAAGAACCUCAAGAAGAUGGACGUGGGCGGCCUUUCAGACCCCUACGUGAAGAUCCACCUGAUGCAGAACGGCAAGAGGCUCAAGAAGAAGAAGACGACGGUGAAGAAGAAGACCCUGAACCCGUACUUCAACGAGUCCUUCAGCUUCGAGAUCCCCUUCGAGCAGAUCCAGAAAGUCCAGGUGGUAGUCACCGUGCUCGACUACGACAAGCUGGGCAAGAACGAGGCCAUCGGCAAGAUCUUCGUGGGCAGCAACGCCACGGGCACGGAGCUGCGGCACUGGUCCGACAUGCUGGCCAACCCCCGCCGGCCCAUCGCCCAGUGGCACUCGCUCAAGCCCGAGGAGGAGGUGGACGCGCUGCUGGGCAAGAACAAGUAG